UUGGCCGGAACUGAUCUCCUGUUUAACACCGUGUCGCAGUAACAGAAACGUCUCGUAGUUCAGCUGCUCUGAGCAGAAGAGCAGCUCUGACUGAAUGUGAAGAUUAAACCGACAUGUGUUGAUAAAGACUGUUGAUCGAAACGUUUAUAAAAUGGGUAAAAGAGACAAAGGAGACCGCGAGUCCAAAAAGUCCAAGAAGCGUUUCCACGAUGACGAUGACGAUGAGGAAGAGGCCGGGGGCAGCGAGUCUCAGGAGGCCAUACCCGCUGCCGCAGGGAAACAAGUGGAUGAGUCCAGCACGAAACUGGAUGAGUAUGGAGCCAAAGACUACCGAGCUCAGAUGCUGCUGAAGAACGAUCACAAUUCACGGCCCCUCUGGGUGGCCCCAGAUGGUCACAUCUUCCUGGAGGCCUUCUCACCGGUGUAUAAGUACGCCCAGGAUUUCUUGGUGGCCAUCGCAGAGCCGGUGUGCAGGCCGAACCACAUCCACGAGUACAAGCUGACGGCCUACUCUCUGUAUGCAGCUGUCAGUGUGGGGCUGCAGACCUCUGACAUUGUGGAGUACCUGCAGAAACUCAGCAAGACGUCUGUACCUGAUGGAAUCGUGCAGUUUAUCCAGCUCUGCACAGUGAGCUACGGAAAAGUCAAGCUGGUGCUCAAGCACAACAGAUACUUUGUUGAGAGUGCCUUCCCCGAUGUGAUCCAGCGUCUCCUGCAGGACAAUGUGAUCCGUGAAUGUCGUCUCAGGACUGCAGAUGGCGCAGACACUGAGCUUAUUACUGAAGUCAUCCACAGCAAGUCAGCGAUCUCGAAGUCUGUUUCGGAAAAGGGAGGUACGUCCAACUCACAGCAGCCCAGCGAAGGACAAACUUCUACCCAGCAAGUCCCUGAGGACAUCUUCAGCUACUAUGAACAGAUGGAUAAAGAGGAGGAGGAGGAGGAGGAGACUCAGACGGUUUCCUUUGAGAUUCGCCAGGAGAUGAUCGAAGAGCUGCAGAAGCGUUGCAUUCAGCUAGAGUACCCCCUCCUGGCAGAGUACGACUUUCGCAAUGAUACUGUCAACCCGGACAUCAACAUAGACCUGAAGCCCACCGCUGUGCUGCGGCCCUACCAGGAAAAGAGUCUGCGCAAGAUGUUUGGAAAUGGACGUGCUCGUUCUGGGGUCAUCGUGCUGCCCUGCGGAGCUGGCAAAUCUCUGGUGGGUGUGACAGCAGCGUGCACGGUGCGUAAACGCUGCCUGGUGCUGGGUAACUCCUCGGUGUCAGUGGAGCAGUGGAAGGCCCAGUUUAAGAUGUGGUCCACAAUCGAUGACUCUCAGAUCUGCCGCUUCACGUCCGACGCCAAGGACAAACCCAUCGGCUGCUCGGUGGCCAUCAGCACCUACUCCAUGCUGGGUCACACCACCAAGCGCUCCUGGGAGGCCGAGAGGGUCAUGGAGUGGAUGCGGAGCCAGGAGUGGGGACUCAUCAUCCUGGACGAGGUGCACACUAUCCCCGCCAAGAUGUUUCGUCGUGUUCUGACCAUUGUCCAGGCCCACUGCAAACUGGGGCUCACUGCCACACUGGUCAGGGAGGACGACAAGAUUGUGGACCUCAACUUCUUAAUAGGGCCAAAGCUGUAUGAGGCGAACUGGAUGGAACUGCAGAACAAUGGCUACAUCGCUAAAGUCCAGUGUGCUGAGGUUUGGUGCCCGAUGUCUCCAGAGUUCUACAGGGAGUACGUGGCCAUUAAGUCAAAGAAGCGCAUCCUGCUUUAUACCAUGAACCCCAAUAAGUUCCGUGCCUGCCAGUUUCUCAUUCGCUUUCAUGAGCGCCGUAAUGACAAGAUCAUGGUCUUUGCUGACAACGUCUUUGCCCUGAAGGAAUACGCUAUUCGCCUCAACAAACCUUACAUCUAUGGUCCAACAUCUCAGGGGGAGCGAAUGCAGAUUUUACAGAACUUUAAACACAACCCUAAGAUCAACACCAUUUUCAUCUCCAAGGUUGGAGACACAUCAUUUGACUUGCCAGAAGCCAAUGUUCUGAUCCAGAUCUCCUCCCAUGGUGGGUCACGCAGGCAGGAGGCCCAGAGGCUUGGUAGAGUCUUACGAGCCAAGAAAGGAAUGGUCGCAGAGGAGUACAAUGCCUACUUCUAUUCGCUGGUGUCCCAGGACACACAGGAGAUGGCUUACUCCACCAAGAGGCAGAGAUUCUUGGUGGACCAGGGCUACAGCUUUAAGGUCAUCACGAAGUUGGCAGGUAUGGAUGAAGAAGACUUGAUGUUUUCCAGCAGAGAUGAGCAACAGCAGCUGCUGCAGAAGGUCCUCGCUGCGUCAGACCUGGAUGCUGAGGAGGAAGUGGUGGCGGGGGAGGUGGGCGGACGACCACAGUUCUCGAGGCGAAUGGGCACCAUGAGCUCCAUGUCUGGUGCAGAUGACACUGUCUACAUGGAAUAUCAAAGCAGAGGCAGCAAAGCGUCCUCGUUGCUCAAGAGCGUUCAUCCGCUGUUCAAGCGCUUCAGAAAGUAGAUGCACUGACUCAGACGGUCACACCGAAAUACCUACUUAGUUGCUUCUGGAUAACGGCACAAUGACGGCUGAAGCCAAUAUGCUGGGAACCGUGCUACCAACAGAGGCUUCAGAUAGUCCAGCUGGUGUGGAGAACAUGGCAGUGACUGAAGCAAACCAGAAACUGAACAUUAUCUUAAGCUUAUGAUGAUAUACUGGAUGCUGCUUCCUCCUGGUAGGUACAUCUGGUAGGAUGCAGCGAAAGACGCCUGCAGGGCUCAGCUGCUCCGUGUGUUUAAUAUGAAAGGUUCCGCUCCAGCAUCCUCAAACACCUCCAUGCACGACAUUUGAGGAUGAAAUAAUAUACAAACCCUGUCAAGGUGUCUACUACUGUUGCCUCUGAUUUGAUAUUAAAACAUAUGAUUUUUGUUA